AUGUCUCUGCAGAGGAUCGUGCGAGUGUCCCUGGAGCAUCCCACAAGUGCCGUGUGUGUGGCUGGCGUGGAGACCCUCGUGGACGUUUAUGGGUCAGUACCUGAGGGAACAGAGAUGUUUGAGGUCUACGGAACUCCCGGUGUGGACAUCUCCACCUCUCCCGGAGUGGAGAGGGACCAGGAACAUGCAGACACCGGGCGGUGGUGCUUUGAUGCGGGGUUGCAGCUCAUCGUGGUCAUGAACUCUCCCAGCAGCGACCUCAACGACGGUCACGUUCAGAUUUCCUACCAUUCCGGCCAAGAGCCUCUGGCCUAUGCGGUGCUCUACCUCACCUGUGUGGAUAUCACCCUGGAUUGUGACCUGAACUGUGAAGGCAGAUGGGAUAGGGGCUUUGUGGACAAGCAGCAGUGGGUCUGGGGAUCUAGUGGGUAUGCAGCCAUCCUGCUGGUGAUGAACUGUGAUGACCAGGACAACUGUGACUGGCACGUGCGCUGCCUGCAAGACCUGGAAGAUAUGUCUGUCAUGGUCCUGCGGACCCGAGGCCCCGUUGCCCUUUUCGACGACCACACACUUGUCCUCCACACCUCCAGCUGUGACGCCAAGUGGGCACGGGUCUUCCAUGCUUGUGGUCCCGAGGACUCAUGAGAGGCUUACAGGCACGUGCUGGGCCAGAACAAGGUGUCGUACCAGGUGCCCCGCUUCCACGGGGAUGAGGAGUGCUUCUUCGUAGAGGGCCUCUCCUUCCCUGACGCUGGAGCAAGCGGCUUGCUCAGGUCCACGGUGGUCCUCGAGCCAUCCAGGCUCUGGACCCUGAGGCCAGUUUCUUUUCCCUCUGGUCUUCCCCUGCAGGAUUUCUCCGAAUCCCCCAUCUUCACUGACACCGUGGUGUUCUGUGUGGCGCCCUGGAUUAUGACGCCCAGCGCCCUGCCGCCCCUGGAGGUGUACGUGUGCCGUGUGAGGAACGACACGUGUUCUGUGGAUGCAGUGGUGGAGCUGGCCAGGAGAGCCGGCUGCGAGCUGACCAUCUGCCCACAGGCCGAGACCCGCAACGACCGCUGGAUCCAGGAUGGGAUGGAGCUGGGCUACAUUCAGGCACCGCACAAGACCUUCCCAGUAGUCUUUGACUCCCCUGGGAAUGGAGAACUGCAGGACUUCCCUUACAAAAGAAUCCUGGGUCCAGAUUUCGGCUACGUGACUUGGGAACCACGAGACAACUCGAGUGGCCUGGAUUCCUUUGGGAACCUGGAGGUCAGCCCCCCAGUGGUGACCAAUGGGAAAGAAUACCCCCUGGGGAGGAUCCUCUUUGGUGGCAACCUGCCUGGGUCAAGAGGCCGCAGGGUCACCCAGGUGGUUCGGGGCUUCCUUCACGCGCAGAAGGUGCAGCCCACUGUGGAGCUCUUUGUGGACUGGUUGGCCGUGGGCCAUGUGGGUGAGUUUCUGAGCUUUGUCCCUGCCCCCGAUGGGAAGGGCUUCCGGACGCUCCUGGUCAGCCCUAGCGCCUGCUUCAAGCUCUUCCAGGAAAAGCAGAAGCAGGGCCACGGCACGGCCCUCCUGUUCCAAGGGGUUAUUUGCAAUCAACAGAUCAACGCCAUCUCCAUCGACCAGGUCCUCUCCAAUGAAAACCUCAUCAGCUACAAUAAGUUUGUCCAGAGCUGCGUCGACUGGAAUUGGGAGGUGCUGAAGCGGGAGCUGGGCCUGACCGAUGGUGACAUCAUCGACAUCCCCCAGCUCUUCAAGAUGGAGAGGAGAAAGGCGGUGGCCUUCUUCCCUGACUUGGUGAACAUGCUAGUGCUGGGGAAGCACCUGGGCAUCCCCAAGCCCUUCGGACCCAUCAUCAACGGCUGCUGCUGCCUGGGGGAGAAGGUGCGGUCCCUGCUGGAACCGCUGGGCCUCCAGUGCACCUUCAUUGACGACUUCACCCUAUACCACAAGCUGCACGGGGAGGUGCGCUGCGGCACCAUCGUGCGCCGGCAGACCUUCUCCUUCAGGUGGUGGAACAUGGUACCCUGA